AUGAACACGAUCCUCACUAGUAUCCCUUCCAUUGAGGAAAUCAUUGUUGUAGUAUUUGGUCUCAAGGAGGAUAAUUUUCCUGGGCCUGAUGGUUUUGGAGGUUCCUUCUUCCAAACCUAUUGGAGCAUCAUUCAUGAUGAUGUUUGUAAAGAAAUUUGGAAAUUCUUCAAGACAGGGUGGAUGCUUCCUAAUUUAAAUGCCAACAUUAUUAUGCUUAUUCCUAAGACAACUUCUAUGGACUCUAUGGAAAACUUUAGGCCCAUAGCCCUUUCCAAGAUCAAAUACUCCUUAUGUCUGGCUUCUGAAGUGGCUAAUCUUUUAGAUAAAAAGUCAUGGUGGAAAUCUAGCUCUUAA